AACAAAAAUAGGUGAUAGAUAGCGAAUAACUGAAACAGUCCACUUCGAGAAGAGGCAAAAUGGCUUCGUCACUUUGCUUGCAUUUACAAACUUGCUCCCACCUCCGGUGCCUUGGGGCUGCGAAGCCGGCGGCGCCUUCGGUGGUCGCAACUGCGAACAAAAUAUUAUCUAAACGACCAUUUCUUCGAAACUUCUCUUUACCGUCGGGCUCUUCAGCUGACCUUUGCGAGCGGCAACCCCUCCGGAGUUCGGAAUUAGUGGCUUUGGAAUAUGCCGACCUCAAUCUCUCCCACAAAAUGGUCGAGGAUUUGGGCCACGUUAGAAUCAGGCAGCAUGUUAAUCCUCUUAGUUCUUCCUUUUCUGUCCCUACACCAGCACCAAAUUGGGAUGAAGUCUUCAGGGAUCCCACGUUGCCCCUCAUGGUCGAUAUAGGAAGUGGUAGUGGCAGAUUUCUCUUGUGGCUUGCAAAAAGACACCUUGAGUCAAGAAAUUUCUUGGGGCUUGAAAUACGACAAAAACUGGUCAAGCGUGCUGGUUUCUGGGUUAAAGAGUUGGGGUUUAGCAACGUACAUUUCAUGUUUGCAAAUGCUACAAUUUCUUUUAAACAGAUUAUAUCUUCGUAUCCUGGACCCCUGCUGCUGGUUUCCAUUCUGUGCCCAGAUCCCCAUUUCAAGAAACGACAUCAUAAACGAAGGGUUUUGCAGAAGCCUUUGGUAGAAUCUAUAGUAGAUAGUUUAAUGCCAGGAGGGCAGGUGUUCAUACAGUCUGAUGUGCUCGAAGUGGCAGCAGACAUGAGACUUUGGUUUGAUUCCGAAGUUGAUAUUCUGGAACAUAUUGACAAAAUCGACAAGAGUGUUUUGUGUGAUAAAGAUGGAUGGUUGUUGAACAAUCCAAUGGGAAUAAGGACCGAAAGAGAAAUCCACGCUGAAUCAGAAGGUGCAAACAUUUAUAGAAGAAUGUACUCAAAAGUACACUUGACUAAAGAAGAAAUAGCUAACUAACUGACUAGAUGGAUUGUUUGAUGAUAUAACCUUAUUUACAUUUGAGUCAUGCUUUCUGCCUAAUAUUGUUAUUGGGAAGUUGAGAAAAAAUUUCCCGUUAAAUUAGGAAAGAAAAAUAGAAAGGUAAGUGUACCGACAAAAUUAGGAUCGGAAAAUAAACGAACAAUAUGUGGGUCCCACCUGCCUCUAUCUUAUCCACUUUGUUUC